CGCCUGGCAAGAGCAAGUUUUAUUAGCUUGGCCUGUGUGGUUUUUAUACUCUUCGCUGUGAUUAUCAAACUUAUUUCCGGUGAUUAUAAAGUCACGGAUACUGCGGAAUCAUGGAGAUUUGCAAAUUCUGAUGUCAUUCCAGCAACCGGUAUUAUGGUCUUUGCAUUCAUGUGUCACCACAAUACAUUUCUGGUAUAUCAAUCAAUGCGUGAAGCCACCAUGGAGCGCUGGGAAAAGGUAACCCAUAUAUCAAUUGGUUUUGCCUGGACAGUGGCAGCUCUCUUUGGAAUUGCUGGCUAUUCAACAUUUAGGGCUUUAUCGCAAGGUGAUUUACUUGAAAACUACUGCUGGAAUGAUGACCUGAUGAAUUUCUCACGUGUACUCUUCUCUAUAUCGAUAUUAUUAACUUUUCCUAUUGAAUGUUUUGUCUCAAGAGAGAUUGUACGAGCCAUGGUUCAUAGAUUUGUCUUGAAGGAACCAAUCAGUGAAUUGACAACGGAAAAAGAUCCCAAACGCGAAAAGGGUGCCGAAACAGAUGAAUAUUCGCGAAACAUUACACUGGCCAUUGUUUUUAGUGCUUUUGUUAUAUCACCAAUGACCGAAUGUUUGGGCUCCGUGUUGGAAUUAAAUGGCCUUUUGGCAGCCAUACCAUUGGCAUACAUUUUACCCGGUUUGGCUUUUAUACAAUUGGAUCCAAACCCGCUGACAAGUCGAGAAAAAUUACCCGCCUUGGGUUUGGUAAUAUUUGGUGCUCUAGUUACUAUUUUGGGUGCUGCGGUACUCCUGCCAAGUCUCAGCGAAGAUUGUCGUGCCGAUAUUGUGAUGGGCUAUUGCAAGCAGAAUACAUUAAGUGAUAAUGCUACCAUAGCAAAUUAG